AUGCGGGUGGAGGCGCGCGCGGGCUGCGCUGUCGAAGCCGCCCCGGCGCCCCCGUCCGGCUUUCUCCACUACCGGAGCGGGGUCAGCAGGGCGGGCGGGCGGCAAGCGCCACGGCGUGCAUGCUGUAGCGCAUGGCGGAGGAGCGGUGUGGCGGGGCGGCGGCGCGACGAGUCUGCCGCGCGGCGCUCGCCGCGCCGCUUAAGUACCUUCGGCCGGCUCCGGCCGCCCCGCGCGCCGUGCGCCAACCGCGGGCCCUCCGUCGCCGCGGCGCCGCGGCCGGGGGCCAUCGUUUUUGCGCGCGGGCGCGUUCCGGCGGGGUUUCUAUGGAAAGCGCAAGACCGGCUGUCGGAGCCAGGGUGCCAGACCGGCUGGCGAAGUGCUGGGAAAGUGUUCCUCGGAUGCGAGCGUCAUCGCGUAGCCAGCGUGCGAACGGACUGCCUGGUUGCCGCCGCCGGCGCCGCCACCGCCGCCACCGCCGCCGCCAUGGUGAUCGUGACGAGGGGCGACUACAUCUGGAUCGAGCCGGUGUCCGGCCGGGAGUUCGACGUGGCCAUAGGGGCGCGCGUCAUCUCGGCGGAGGGCCGUCGCAUCCAGGUCAAGGACGAUGACGGCAAGGAGCAAUGGCUCACCCCGGAGCGCCGCAUCAAGGCGAUGCACGCGACGUCGGUGCAGGGCGUGGAGGACAUGAUCUCGCUGGGCGACCUGCACGAGGCGGGCAUCCUGCGCAACCUGCUCAUCCGAUACAACGAGAACCUCAUCUACACAUACACAGGGUCGAUCCUCGUGGCCGUGAACCCGUACCAGAUCCUGCCGAUCUACACCGCGGAGCAGAUCAAGCUCUACAAGGACCGGAAGAUCGGGGAGCUGCCGCCGCACAUCUUCGCUAUCGGCGACAACAGCUACACGCAUAUGCGCCGCUACGGCCAGGACCAGUGCAUCGUCAUCAGCGCAAGAAUAACAAUGAAAAAAAGAAAAAUGACAAAGAAAAAAGAAUAUAUAUUAAAACUGAAAAAAGGAAAUAAAUAUUUUAAAAAACAAACUAUUUUUGUUAACUUAAAGCGUCUACAUUUGAAGAAAAAGCACGAAGCAACUCAACUGGGCGGCAGCAUCACGUGCGAAGGGCGCGACGACGCGGCCGAGUUCGCGGACAUCCGGUCGGCGAUGAAGGUGCUGCUGUUCACGGACGCCGAGAUCUGGGAGAUCCUCAAGCUGCUGGCGGCGCUGCUGCACAUCGGCAACAUCAAGUACAAGGCGGCCGUUUCAACAUUGUCUCGAGACCAAUCUGUGGAUGUGCGAGAUGCAUUUGUAAAGGGCAUAUAUGGCCGUCUGUUUGUUCUCAUUGUGAAUAAGAUUAAUAGUGCUAUUUACCGGCCAAAAUCAACUGCUCGAAGUGCUAUUGGAGUCCUUGAUAUCUUUGGUUUUGAAAAUUUUAAUACUAAUAGUUUUGAGCAAUUCUGCAUAAACUAUGCCAAUGAAAACUUGCAACAAUUCUUUGUGCAACAUAUUUUCAAAUUGGAACAAGAGGAAUAUGAUGUGGAAGGAAUUAGUUGGCAACAUAUUGAAUUUGUUGACAACCAAGAUGCUUUGGACCUCAUUGCUAGUAAACAGCUUAACAUAAUGGCCCUCAUUGAUGAAGAAUCCAAAUUUCCUAAGGGGACUGAUCAAACAAUGUUAGCCAAGCUCCACAAGACUCAUGGAACCCACCGUAAUUAUUUAAAACCGAAGUCAGAUAUUAAUACCUCUUUUGGAUUGAAUCAUUUUGCUGGUGUAGUAUUUUAUGAUACUAGAGGCUUCCUGGAGAAAAAUCGUGACACCUUCAAUGCAGAUCUUCUACAACUUAUCCAUGUUUCAAAUAACAAGUUUCUGCAGCUCUUGUUUGCUGAUGACAUAGGAAUGGGGGCAGAGACUCGAAAACGUGCUCCAACUCUCUCAACACAAUUCAAGAAAUCUCUAGAUGCACUCAUGCGAACUCUAGGGUCUUGUCAGCCAUUCUUCAUUAGAUGCAUCAAACCUAAUGAACACAAAAAGCCAAUGAUGUUUGAUCGAGGGCUUUGCUGUCGUCAACUGCGGUACUCAGGAAUGAUGGAAACAAUCAGAAUUCGGAGAGCUGGUUAUCCAAUUCGACAUUCAUUUAGUGAAUUUGUGGAGCGUUAUAGAUUUCUCAUCCCGGGUGUUCCUCCAGCUCACAAGACGGACUGCCGCGCCGCCACCGCGCGCAUCUGCCAGGCGGUGCUGGGCCGCUCCGACUACCAGCUGGGCCACACCAAGGUGUUCCUCAAGGACGCGCACGACCUCUUCCUGGAGCAGGAGCGCGACCGCGUGCUCACGCGCAAGAUCUUGGUGCUGCAGCGCUGCAUCCGCGGCUGGUAUGAUUACCGUCAUCAAUUAGAAGCUCUGCGAUUGAGGAAGAAAGAAGAACGAGAGCUCAAGGAGGCAGGCAAUAAACAUGCAAAGGAAAUUGCAGAGCGCAAUUAUCGGGAAAGAAUGCGAGAAUUGGAAAGAAAAGAAAUGGAAUUGGAGCGUGAGGAACGGCGGCGAGUUGAAGUAAAACGAAACAUCAUCAAGGAUGCUGCAAAGAAGCAAGAAGAACCAGUUGAUGAUAGUAAAUUAGUUGAAGCGAUGUUUGAUUUCCUACCAGACUCAAGUAGUGAAGCUCCUGGACCUGCACGUGAAACUUCUGUGUUCAUGGAUCUUCCAGAACGAUCAGAUCCUCAGGAAGUCAUUACUGACAUGACACCUGCACCUGAUGACCAAGAAGACCUUUCUGAAUUCAAAUUUCAAAAGUUUGCUGCUACUUAUUUUCAAGGCAAUAUUACACAUCAAUACAGUCGAAAACCUCUUAAACAUCCGCUCUUACCUCUACAUACUCAGGGAGACCAAUUGGCUGCACAAGCAUUAUGGGUUACAAUAUUAAGGUUUACUGGUGAUUUACCUGAACCCCGGUACCACACAAUGGAACGGGACAAUACUUCUGUUAUGAGUAAAGUCACAGCCACUCUAGGUCGGAACUUCAUUAGAAGUAAAGAAUUUCAGGAGGCUCAGUUAAUGGGUGUAGACCCAGAAUCUUUUUUGAAGCAGAAGCCACGAUCCAUUAGACACAAACUAGUAUCUCUCACUCUGAAACGUAAGAAUAAAUUGGGAGAGGAUGUUCGGCGCAGAUUGCAAGAUGAAGAGCAUGCAGCUGAUAGUUACCAAGCAUGGUUGGAAGCUCGGCCUACUUCCAACUUGGAGAAACUGCAUUUCAUCAUCGGUCAUGGAAUUUUAAGAGCUGAGCUUCGGGAUGAAAUAUAUUGUCAAAUAUGCAAACAACUAACAAACAAUCCUUCUAAAUCCUCUCAUGCAAGAGGAUGGAUUUUGUUGUCGUUAUGUGUGGGCUGCUUUGCACCAUCGGAGCGUUUUGUGAAUUAUUUACGUGCAUUUAUUCGGGAAGGACCUCCUGGUUAUGCUCCUUAUUGUGAAGAAAGAUUGAAACGCACUUUCAACAAUGGUACUCGAAAUCAACCACCCAGCUGGCUUGAACUGCAGGCAACUAAAUCCAAAAAACCGAUCAUGCUACCAAUCACAUUUAUGGAUGGAAAUACAAAAACUCUUUUAGCGGAUUCUGCUACAACCGCUCGAGAGCUAUGUAAUCAACUGGCUGAUAAAAUUGGCCUCAAAGACCAAUUUGGCUUCUCCCUGUAUAUUGCACUCUUUGAUAAGGUGUCCUCAUUGGGAAGUGGUGGAGAUCAUGUGAUGGAUGCCAUCUCUCAGUGCGAACAAUAUGCGAAAGAGCAAGGAGCUCAAGAACGAAAUGCACCAUGGAGAUUAUUUUUCCGCAAGGAAAUCUUUGCUCCCUGGCAUGAUCCUGGAGAAGAUGCAGUAGCGAGUAAUCUUAUUUAUCAGCAGGUUGUGAGAGGAGUAAAAUUUGGAGAAUAUCGCUGUGAUAAGGAAGAAGAUUUAGCUAUGAUAGCUGCCCAGCAGUAUUACAUAGAAUAUGGAGCAGAUCUAAAUGUAGAAAGACUUCUGUCACUUUUGCCAUCUUACAUACCAGACUAUUGUCUGGCAGCAUCUGACAAGGCUUUGGAUCGCUGGGGACAACUUGUCGUUCAGGCAUACAAGAAGAGCUAUUACCUGCAAGAGCAAGUGCAAGCCCUGCGGAUCAAAGAGGACGUAGUGAGCUACGCAAAGUUCAAAUGGCCGCUGCUGUUUUCCCGCUUCUACGAGGCCUAUCGGAAUUCGGGGCCCGACCUGCCUAAGAACGACGUCAUCAUUGCUGUCAACUGGACGGGCGUGUACGUGGUAGAUGACCAGGAGCAGGUGUUGCUGGAGCUGUCCUUCCCCGAAGUGACGGCUGUAGCCAGCCACAAGACCAGCAAGGUGUUCUCGCAGACGUUCACGCUGUCGACGGUGCGGGGCGAGGAGUUCACCUUCCAGAGCCCCAACGCAGAGGACAUCCGCGACCUCGUCGUCUACUUCCUCGAGGGCCUCAAGAAGCGCUCAAAGUUCAAGGGCGACCUCAUCGUGCUGGAGGACUCGACCGGGGAGACGGUGAUGAACUCGGGCUGGUGCGUGGGCCGCUGCGAGCGCACGGGCGAGCGCGGGGACUUCCCGGCCGAGACGGUGUACGUGCUGCCGGCGUGCAGCAAGCCGCCGCAGGACAUCCUGGCGCUGUUCAGCAUGGAGGGCGCGGAGCCCGGGCGCCGCUUGGCCGCGCCGCCGUCCGUCGGCGUGGACCCGCGCGACAAACCUCACACGCUGGCCGAGUACGCCCUCGACCACUUCCGGCCGCCGCCGAAGCGGACGGUGUCGAAGGCGCUGACGUUGGCGGCGGCCGGGCGGCGCGGCGCCGCCGACGAGCUGUGGCGCCACUCGCGCGAGCCGCUCAAGCAGCCGCUGCUGCGCAAGCUGCUGGCCAAGGAGGAGCUGGCCGAGGAGGCGUGCUUCGCCUUCGCCGCGCUGCUCAAGUACAUGGGCGACCUGCCCAGCAAGCGCCCGCGCCUCGGCAACGAGAAAUACUUCGGGAUGAAAUUUUCUGCCAAAUAAUGAAACAACUGACAGACAAUCGCAAUAGACUGAGCGAGGAACGUGGCUGGGAAUUAAUGUGGCUGGCUUCGGGCCUCUUCACAUGCAGUCAGAGUCUUCUGAAGGAAUUACUUCUGUUUUUACGAUCAAGACGACAUCCUAUCGCACAAGACUCUCUUCAGCGACUGCAAAAGACAUUACGUACUGGUCCUCGGAAAUACCCUCCUCACCAGGUUGAAGUGGAAGCAAUACAGCACAAAACAACUCAAAUUUUCCAUAAAGUUUAUUUUCCAGAUGAUACUGAUGAGGCAUUUGAAGUGGACUCUUCUACACGCGCCAAGGACUUCUGUCAAAACAUAUCCCAAAGACUGAAUCUGCGUUCUGGUGAAGGCUUCUCAUUGUUUGUAAAGAUAGCAGACAAAGUCAUUUCAGUGCCUGAAGGCGACUUCUUCUUUGAUUUUGUGAGACAUCUUACUGACUGGAUUAAAAAGGCACGCCCUACACGAGAUGGUGCUGCACCACAGUUUACUUAUCAGGUAUUCUUUAUGAAGAAACUAUGGACUAACACGGUUCCUGGUCGUGAUCGUAAUGCAGAUCUCAUUUUCCAUUUUCAUCAAGAGCUUCCAAAACUUUUGCGAGGAUACCACAAAUGUGGUCGUGAGGAAGCUGCACGGUUGGCAGCUUUGGUCUAUAGAGUGCGCUUUGGUGAAAGCAAACAAGAACUUCAAGCUAUUCCACAAAUGUUACGCGAAUUGGUGCCUGCUGAUUUGCUCAAGACUCAAAACGCCAAUGACUGGAAACGGGCGAUUGUUGCAUCCUACAAUCAGGAUGCUGGUAUGAGUCCAGAAGAGGCCAAAAUCACCUUCCUAAAGAUAAUCUACAGGUGGCCCACGUUUGGAUCAGCAUUCUUUGAGGUGAAACAGACUACUGAACCAAAUUAUCCUGAAAUGCUGCUCAUUGCUAUAAAUAAACAUGGUGUAAGCUUAAUUCAUCCUCAGUCAAAGGAUAUCUUAGUGACACAUCCCUUCACAAGAAUCUCUAACUGGUCAUCAGGCAAUACCUACUUCCAUAUGACCAUAGGUAAUUUAGUACGUGGUUCCAAACUUCUGUGCGAAACAUCUCUCGGCUACAAGAUGGAUGAUCUACUUACCUCCUACAUCUCUCUAAUGCUCACCAACAUGAACAAACAGCGGGGAACUCUAAGGAUCAAAUGACCUCUAGACUUGUGUAAAUUACAGAAUUGGGUGCUAUGGGGAAUUGACUGAUGGAGCUUGCCUCCUAUUUAGCCCUUUUGUGUUCAUUUACCACAAAUCACAACAGGCCAUAGGACAAGCUACCCUUUACCAUAGUUUCAGGCUUUUUUUUUUGUGAAGCAUGAGUGGUAAGCAUGUAAUAGUGAACUAGAAACAUCAAUAGCUUUUUAUCUAUAUUGUUCAUUAUUUGGAAUUUUAGAUCCUUUUCACUCUAUUUAUUUGAAAGGCUUGAUUCUUGCAUUGUUUUACAAAAUGACAAUAUCGGAGGGAUAAAGAUACUUGUGAUAGACCAGUAAGGAUAAUUUAUUCCACUGGAUGCACUGCAAUUCUAGGAUUAAGAGGUAAAAAAAUGUCUCCCUCUAGUUUUUUAAAGGAAUUGUUAGGAAGUUGUAGGGCAUGAUACUGGAUCGUGCAUUGACUGGGAUUUGUGCAAUGGAACACCACACUAUAUGGCAUAAGCCACUGUAGUUCCAAUCCGUCCACUUAUGAACCCUCCAUGGUAGCAUUACAAAACUAGUAAUAAUUUCUUAUUGUAGAUGAUUAUUCCCUUUAAGAAAGAUCCUUUGCCCACCAUUAUUUGCCACGGUCCAAUAGAAGUAAGAUCUUCCAAAAAUACUCUUUAAAUGUGUGCUUCUGAAAUGUUUAUAAUAUUUUUUUUAAUAUUAUAUAUACUUAUGAAUGCCGAUUUCUAUUCUCUGCCUCAUCAUUACUACAGCUGAUUGUAUGUGGGCCAAGCGUGUAUGUGCAACUGUAUAUAUUAUGCAACUGUGUAAGUUCAUCUCCUGUAAUUUAUAUAGUUAUUAAUAUCAAAUUUCAGGAUAAAGUGUAAUAAUAACCUGAAUUAUGUUGAGUUAACCCUGUUGUGAGCUACCCCAGGUUAAUGAAAUAAAAUUACUUUCAACUGUUA